AUGCCAAACUUAGAACAGAAAGAGAUUGCAGAUAACUUGAUAGAACGUCAAAAGCUUCCUUGGAAAACCCUUAAUAACGAGGAAAUUAAAGCGGCUUGGUAUAUAUCGUAUGGCGAAUGGGGGCCUAGAAGACCUGUACACGGAAAAGGCGAUGUUGCAUUUAUAACCAAGGGAGUUUUUUUGGGGCUGGGAAUUUCAUUCGGCCUCUUUGGUUUGGUAAGACUACUGGCUAAUCCUGAAACUCCAAAGACCAUGAACAGGGAAUGGCAGUUAAAGUCAGAUGAGUAUCUGAAGUCAAAAAAUGCUAAUCCUUGGGGAGGUUAUUCUCAAGUUCAAUCUAAAUAA